UAAGUUUCCUUAUUCUUGAUGGGGUUGUGCGCGUGUAUAGGCAGAGUAUUGGCAUGCAGUUGAUCUUGAUAAAUGCAUUGCAGAAGAUGGAGUCCAUAGAAAAAAAUAAUAAAGACUUUAUAGCACUUAGGCUGCUGGAUAAGAAACUGAAUUCCAAAAAGAACGGCAGGACAGGCAUGAUUGCAAAGCAUCUUCAAAAUACUUUCAGGAUCCACAGCGAUUUACAGUCAGUCAUAACACGAUCAGAAUGCGCUUCUGGUUCCUGUCCAAACCUCCUCAUGAGCAGGCACGAGCAGUCCCCCCAGCUGCCCCCCCGUGCCCACCGGCCGCUGUGCCUCUCCGUCUCCUCUGACAGCAGUGUCUGCCUCAAGGCCAUGGACGCGCAUGAGUGGAAGAACAACUUCAAAACCCAGAUGGAGCAGGCACGCAGUAUGGGAGCUGCAAGUAGUACUGGCUCCCUGGAGAGGGCGUCGUUGUUCUGUGCGUCUGGCUCCACCACAGCUUCCAGCUCGGGCCUCUCCAGUCCCGUGGAGCCACUCCCCCUCUCCAAGAACAAGUCCCCCACCCCCUUCUCCCUCUUCUCUCCCCCCUGGAACAGCAGCUCUGAGUCAGACUCCAAUCCUCCCUCUCGCUCCAGCUCAAAAAAAUGGCGUGAGCGCAGUCAGAGGGGCAGGGCCGGGGUGGGAGUGGGCGGAGCCGGGGGCAGAGGGGAAGAGGCGUCAGAGCCCAAACAGGGCGGCGCCGAGCUGUUCCAUCACUCCGACCCGAUCAUCUCCAAGGUGACGGACUACAUCUACGUGGGGAACGUCAACGCCGCGUACAGCGGCCACAUGCUGUGCCGGAACAGCAUCGACAGCGUGGUGGACAUGAGCAGCCUUCAGGGGGAGAGCAGCCUCUGCCUGGUCCCCUGCACCUGUUCCCGCCGGGCACGGCACACCUGGUCCCGCCUGAAAGUGGACCUGGCGGACCACGACCCCGCCCUGGAGCGCCACAGCUUCCAGGACAUCAACGAGUGCAUUGCCGCGUCCGCCGAGAAGAGGCGGCGCGUCCUGGUGCACUGUCGCGACGGGUACUCCCUCGCCCCCACCUGCGUCAUCCAGUACCUCAUGGUCCGGCACAACAUGAGGCUCAUUGCCGCCUACGAGCUGCUCAGGGCCCGGCACCCGGUCAACAUCACCGAGAGCCACCAGAACCUGCUGAUCGGGCUGGAGAGAGCCCUGCGGCCCACCGCCAGUGUGGACCCGGAGAGCUGCAAACAGGCCAUCUCCCGCAGAGUAGCCUGGACCUGACUGGCACAGGGUGCAGAUCAGUGAUUCAAAAGGGACAACUCUUCUAUAGUGGAACAACCCCCUAGCCUUCAGUAUACCAGGAGCACUGCAGCUGACGGGAUGCGCAGUACACGCCUCAAAUGCCCUCAUCUGCAGGCCAUAAUUCUACACGCUUUUAAGUCACUUAAAAUCAUCUGCUGAAUGCUUAACAUGCACAAUCGCGUACAUGUUCAACUAACAGUCACGGCUUGACUGUUUGUUAUCAAGGUUGGCAUUUGUGGCAUCAACAGACCAUUGUUAUUCAAAGCAGGUCCCUAGACCAAUGCUGGUUAGCCUUCUGAAUGUCCUUGAUAUUUCAAACUAUUUCACUGUAGACAUUAAAGGUGAUACAUGACAGUAAAAUAUCCUCUAGGACCCUGAGGUUCAUAUCAGUCAGUGACCGUCCAACUGAAGAGUCAGUGAUAUUACAUCACACCUGUUUCUUCUUUAUCCACAGGGUUUAUAGGCAUACUAUGCAGGAUUUCUUUGGUUUUCUGCGGCCCUGUGUUUCCAAUCAAAGAAGUCUCCUCAUUUAAAUUUUUUAAUUUAAAUCUCAUUUUUAAUCCAAAGCGACUUAAAAACAUAAAACUUAAAAACAUAACAUCCACAAAUAGCACGUAUGAACAGCUGUUCUAACCAAAAAGCAAUAGUCAUCCCAAUUCAUUUAUGGGUGGCCGUUACCUUCUGGGAAACACAGGCUGGAGAUUCAAGCCAAAGUGUUCUACCUGGGAUGUCACUGGACUUGUUUGCCCUUAGAAGUUUUACCCCAUAUUUUGGAAAUGGCUACACUGACGGUGAUUUUAAAAAGCCCUACACACAUAAUUUAAGCAUUUAAUAUAAAUAAUCUCAGUUGAAACAAGCGUGACAGUGCUCCUUUAAGUCGAGAACUAACAUCUAAUUUUGU